AUGGUUGAACAGAAAGUGUUCCAGCGCCAUGAAGCCCAUGAAAUCGCAACACCGCUGCUUAUGCUAAGGGUGUCGGAGCAGAACAACAUCACUCUGAAUGCCCCGCCAAACGCAUCGAUGAUGCUAGACGGUAACGAUGUGUCAGUAUUGCUUCCAUUUGAUUUGACAGAGCGACUCACUCGCUUCGUGGCACGGCAAUGUUUUUCGUCUGAAGUGCUUCCAAUUCGACCAAGUAAUCCGGAAGAGCAGCGCUGCCGCGCUGUCUGGGUUCCUACGGUUUGCGCUUCAAUGACGCUCGAAAGACGCGCGACAUUCUUGACCUUUCCGCAUUACCAACAAGUGCUCGUCGCGAGGUGCAACGACUACUUGCGAACCAAGUUUUAUUCUAUGUGCACGCUGGCCCAUCUUUCACUCAAGCUCCGAGUCUGA